CUCUAAAGGUCGGCCACGCCAAGACGGGCCCGGGACUUUCUCGUCGCGUGCGCUUCGAGGAUUCAGCUUGUGAUCCCGGAAAAACGUUGCUGGGGUCUUCCAUUCCCGAAUUAUCUAGCUGGGCGCUUUGGUUUUUCCGGCUGUCGGAAUGUGCAGGCGAUGAUCUAGACCCCUUAUCUUCGACUUAUUUAUCUACCAUCUUGGUCGAAUUGGACACGCGACGCGAGUGACAGUUUUCUGCCCGCCGGACUUAAAAGCGAGCGGUACGCCCCGUUCACAACGGGGAAGGAUUGAUGAUGGCCAUUCCGGAUAAUAGCAAUGCCCCGGAGGGAAGCGACCGGGCGGUUGAAUCCAGAAGCAGUGGGCUCAAGUCAAGCAGGCGAGGCACUUUUCGGUGGACAGUUGGGUUGCUGGUGCGUCUAUGCAUCUGGUAUGCACUUAUCACACCGUUCCUGCGCUGCCCCUCUCAACUGUCCGACUUGACGGAUACCUCACCGCGAGUUUGCAAACCGUAUUUGGUUGCUCGCUCUUACAUCGAACCUCAUGUGACUCCUUAUUACAAUGCGUACGGCGCGCCGUACGUCGAGACAGCGCGCCCGUACGUGCUGGUCCUCAAUGAGAAGGUCUAUGCGCCCACUUCGCGCGUUUUCAAGCGUGGAUACGAGAGAUAUGGAGCGCCUGCUUUGGAUAGAGCGCAUCUCUAUGGUCAGCAGCAGUGGGAGAUAAAUGUUGUCCCGCACCUGCAAUCCGCUACAGACAGUGUGAACGGCCUGUAUCAGUCUCAAAUACAACCUCAUGUCAAACGCGUCGAGGCGGCUUUGUCGCCAUCCCUCCAAAGAGUCAACGGCGCAGUGAAGUCUGCGUACGGAGACUACCUUCUCCCUUUCGGCGCGAAGUACAGGCCAUUCAUUGGCAAGAUUUACACAUCGGGGCAAGACAUGCUUACAACCACUGUCUUACCUUACGCGCAAAACUCUUGGUCUACGGCCAUCUAUUUCAUCCAUAGCUCACUUUGGCCCAGAGUCACUGGGCUUUACUGGGAGAACGUGGAACCGCAGCUAAUCAAAAUCGGUGAGAGACUGGCCAGUUACCGCGAAGUGAAGAGACUUCGACAGGCUGUGGAGGAAGUUGAGACUGUAUCGGAGCAACCAUCUUCUUCCCCCUCCUCACCAAAGGCCACUGAGGCAAAAGAUUUGACGUCAUCUUCUACAACGGAAGAAAUAAUUAUGCAGCAGACACUGUCACCUACAGAACAGGCUGCGAAAGCGCGCGAUAGCAUUGAGUCGGAUCUGCGCACUUGGCAACAGAAGUUUGCUGUUGCUGCAGAGAAGGGACUUGAGGACCUUGAAGAGCGAUUGCAAGAGAUCGUCGACAUGUUCAUGGCAAGCGAAACAAGAACGCAGGGAGAAAGCUUGACGACCGCAUUGGAGGCUGUUGUUGACAAUGAGAUGAUAGCCCUCAAGCAUCAUAUCAACAAUCUGGCAGAGUCCUUGCCAGUCGAAGAUGCGCCUCAGGAGGAGGAAGCCGCGAAGGACGAGCUUUUGGGAAACGUCAAAGAAGCCGCCGUGUCCAUUCGAGACCGUGCCCACGCCCUUCGGGAGUGGCGCGGUUCAUUUGAACGGGAGUUAACCUACCGUGUUUCCCGCGCAAUUAACUCUACUCUCGAUGUGUUGGAUAGUGUCCGUGAUCUCGGACUUCAAGAGGUAGGCAUGCGUUGGGCUUGGAUGGAUGGCGUCACGUACAAGGAUUGGGCGAGGUACCAUGCAUUGAAAGCACAGUUCGAGGACUGGAAAGAUGAAUUCCUCGAUUUCGGUCUGCAACAUGUAAAGCUUGAGGAGGCGAGAGCCGCAGCGGAUGAAAUUCUGUCGCAUGGAAUGGAGAUUGCUGAGGCUGCCGCCAAGGAGCUUGGCAGACUAAGGAACGUUGGAAAUUGGAAGAUCACUGCCAGAGAAGUGAGCGAUAACUUCGACACCAGAUCUGACCUUCCGCCUCCACGACCUAAGCCUAUCCCCGCACCCGAGGAAACCGUGGGUGGGGACGCAGCAACAGAUGGUGUAGCAGACAAUGAGCUUCCAGAGAACGAGCCUACCUUUGUAUUUGACUCCACCUCCCAGAUUGAGAACAACGGGGUUGAUGGUGACGAUGAAAGUAUGGCAGGAGAUGAGGAACAUGCUUCGCCCCAGCCCGGCGGUGAGAGGUCUCCAGGUUACACCCCGACAACCCUCGGAAGCGAUAGUGAGAACGAUAUUGCUGUGACACAUAACACCGAUGACACCAGUGACUUGAAGAAGACGCCAUGGGGAGUAGCUGCAGCAGAUGUCACUGAUCAGAACAUGCCCGAUACUCAUCGAACUCCUGGUCAUGUGCCUUCAGAGAGCGACAAUCUCGGGGUUUCCGGCCACGACUUAUCUUCCGAGCAAGAAGCUGUCGCGAGUCUCAUCUCGGGGCUUCUUGUCGGUAAAGAUGCCGCCUAUGCCGAAGACAUUAUGAACAAGCUGCACUCAAUCUACGGAAUACCCCGCCCGACUCCCGAAGCUUCUGUAGUAUCUGACCGCGUCCCUAGGGAAGAUAGUAUUGAUGCAGAUGCUUCGAGUGCAUCCAUUCCAGUUUCCGAGGACCAAUUUUCGCCUUCUCUGCACGAAACUGAUGGCGCCGAUGAUGCGUUAGGAACUGCAGGCUUUGUGCCUAGUGUUGCUGACGACGAGCAGUCACCAAAUUCCGGGAUCGAUGUCGAAGUCGACUCUGCCAUGGACAGUGCCGAGUCGCACUCGGCAACUCUAGGUUCUACUACCAGCAGCCUUGUUUCUGAGGCUGCUGAAACCGUUUUUCCUGAAUCGACUCAACCCGUUGAAGACAACGCCGAGUUGUAAAUGCAAACCAAAGGAGAGAAGCAGGUUAGCUGUUGCUGUUGCUUGGCAAUUCCUAUUAUGAUUGAUAUCCCAAUUUUCUUGUUAUUCGCUUGAUUGCUAUCUCAGAUCGAUCAUGACCUUGAUUAUUCCCCACAUAGUUCCUACGAUUGUACGUCACGACAUAGCAUUUUCAUUUGAUGACACUUUUGCCCCUGUCCUGGUGAUCGUUCCACCGUUUCCGUUUCCUACCUUGCUCUGUACUAUCUGCCCUUUCUGGAACGGCUGGCCGAGAUUAAUCGUCUUGGGUCCCCAGCGCCGACCUUCUUCGUAUUAGAGGCGUUGAUUUUGUGUCCAAACUACACCCUGAGAAUGCUUUUCCCUCGACGUUGGAGGCGGUUUCCUAAAUCGCGCUAUGCGCGGACCCUGUACAUAUGUGUUCUCCGACAGCCCUUCAACACGUAGCCCACUCAACGCCAUGAGUGGAGCUCAGCGAUACUGAGCACGCUGC